AGAAGCCGAAGCUCCCGCACGCUGUAACGGGACGACUUCAGGAAAGAGCAGGGAACUUUUUUUUUUUUUUUUUUAUGGAUAUGAGGAUUUUUUUCCUCCGGAUAAACCGACCUGCCAAAGGAGAACAACGUUUUGCAAACAAACAGGGAGGCUUUUGAAGAGAUGCUCGAGCUUAAUUAACCCUGAGUGGAUCUACAGCUUGACUUGCCAAAGAAAUCAAAAAUGCGAAGCGCUCAAUGAGCAGCGGAGCUCAGCGAACACCUCCAAUGUUCACCUUUUUUCUGGCACUUUAAAACAAAUUUAGAUAUAUUUGUAUCAUUUUUCCUGUGUUUAAAAACAAAACAAGAUGGCAGAGCACGAAAGCUUGGAGUUUGGGAAGGCAGACUUUGUGCUUUUGGACACCGUAUCAAUGGAGGAAUUCAUGGCCAACUUAAAGCUCAGGUUUGAGAAGGGGAGGAUCUACAGCUACAUCGGAGAGGUGGUGGUGUCGGUCAACCCGUACCGUGCCAUGAACAUUUACGGCCGAGACACCAUAGAGCAGUACAAAGGCCGUGAGCUGUACGAGAGGCCGCCGCACCUCUUCGCCAUCGCAGAUGCUGCUUAUAAAGCCAUGAAGAGGAGAAACAAAGACACUUGUAUUGUCAUCUCAGGGGAAAGCGGUGCUGGAAAAACCGAGGCCAGCAAGUACAUAAUGCAAUACAUAGCUGCUAUUACCAACCCUAAUCAGAGGGCAGAGGUUGAAAGAGUAAAAAACAUGCUGCUGAAAUCCAACUGUGUCCUGGAGGCCUUUGGAAAUGCCAAAACAAACCGCAAUGACAACUCCAGUCGCUUCGGCAAAUACAUGGACAUCAACUUUGACUUUAAAGGAGAUCCCAUUGGGGGGCACAUCAACAACUACCUGCUGGAGAAGUCCAGAGUCAUUUUCCAGCAGGACGGGGAGCGGAGCUUUCACUCAUUCUACCAGCUGCUGAAAGGAGCUCCAGAUUCCCUCCUGCGCUCGCUACACAUUAAAAAAGACCCGACAGCCUACAACUACAUCAAAGUUGGAGGCCAGAUCAAGUCUGGCAUCAAUGAUAGUGCCGAGUUCAAAGGAGUAGCAGAUGCCAUGAAAGUGAUUGGCUUCACAGGCGAUGAGAUUCAGACUGUUUACAAGAUCCUGGCCACCAUUCUGCAUCUGGGAAACCUAAAAUUUGGAAUGGACGGUGACGUUACCCUGAUAGAGAACACAAAGCUUGUGUCUGUUAUCAGAGAGCUUCUUUCCACCAAGGAGGAAAACGUGGAGAAGGCCCUGCUGUACCGCACAGUGGCCACAGGUCGAGACGUCAUUGAAAAACAGCACACCACAAAGGAGGCCAGUUAUGGGCGAGACGCUCUAGCAAAGGCAAUGUAUGAGCGCUUGUUCUGCUGGAUCGUUGGACGCAUCAAUGACAUCAUUGAGGUGAAAAAUUAUGAUGCCAACGUCCACGGGAAGAACACUGUCAUCGGCGUGUUGGACAUCUAUGGGUUUGAGAUUUUUCAGAAUAACAGCUUUGAGCAGUUUUGCAUCAACUACUGUAAUGAAAAGCUGCAGCAGCUCUUUAUUCAGCUGGUCCUGAAGCAGGAACAGGAGGAGUAUCAGAGAGAAGGCAUCCCCUGGAAACAUAUUGAUUACUUCAACAACCAGAUUAUUGUUGACUUGGUGGAGCAGCAGCAUAAAGGCAUCUUCUCUGUUCUGGAUGAAGCCUGUAUGAAUGUUGGCAAAGUCACCGAUGAGGUUUUCCUGCAGGGACUCAACGUCAAGCUGGCAAAGCACGCUCACUUUACAAGCCGCAAGCUCUCCCCAACUGAUAAGAGUCUGGAGUUCGACAGAGACUUUCGCAUCAGGCACUAUGCAGGGGAUGUGGUGUACUCAGUGGUGGGCUUUAUUGAUAAGAACAAAGACACUCUGUUCCAAGAUUUCAAGAGGCUUUUGUACAACAGCUCCAACCCGGUGCUGAAGGGGAUGUGGCCUGAGGGGAAGCUGAGAAUUACAGAGGUGACCAAAAGGCCACAGACGGCAGGGACAAUCUUCAAAAACUCCAUGAUCUCUCUAGUGGAGAACCUUGCCAGCAAGGAACCCUACUAUGUCCGCUGCAUCAAACCCAACGACGUUAAAUCUCCUCUUUUGUUUGAGCCUGAGCGCUGCCGCCAUCAGGUGGAGUACCUCGGGCUGUUGGAGAACGUCAGAGUGCGUCGAGCCGGCUUCGCCUACAGGCAGACAUAUCCUAGAUUCCUGCAGAG